GAGUAAAGGCAGAACCAGUUACAGAUCAUCUUAGAAUAAAGACGAACUCUCGCUGCACCAGACAAAUGGGGACUGGUAACACCACUUCCACUGUGGCUGACAUGACAGGGGUUGUCGUGCGUAUAGCCACCCUGGUCAUGUUCUGCGUGGUCUUAGUGGUUGGGACACUGGGCAACAGUCUGGUUAUCUAUGUGACGGGCUGCAGGAUGAAGAGAACAGUCAAUUCCAUUUGGUUUCUCAACUUGGCCGUUGCUGACUUCCUCUUUACAGCCUUCCUGAUUUUCACCAUCAUUUCUUUCUCUCAGGAGAGCGAAUGGCAAUUUGGGCAAUUCAUGUGCAAGCUCAACACUUUUGUGAGUGUCAUCAACAUGUUUGCCAGUAUCUUUUUUCUGACAACCAUGAGUGUGGAUCGUUGCCUGUCCACCUGGGUGGUGGUGUGGGCACAAAACAAGCGCACCGUUUGCAAAGCUAAGCUCAUAUGCGCUGUCAUCUGGAUAACUGCUGUGGUCUGCAGCGCCCCUUAUGCCACCUUUCGCGAGUUUCAGGAAUAUGAGGGGAAGAUGUACUGUACUACAUCCAUGACACAUAAACAAUUUUUUACUAUUUUUCGCUUUGUUGUGGGCUUCCUCAUCCCAUUCCUGGUGAUAUGUGUCUCUUAUGUGGCCAUAGGUGUUCGUGCAGGGCAGCUGCAGAGAACCAGGAAAAAGAGAUCUCGCCGAAUCAUUUUCUCAGUCAUUCUUGCAUUCUUCAUCUGCUGGUUGCCCUUCCAUGUCAUGUGUCUUAUAGAAAUAACGACGACUAACCCAGAUAUCCUGAACAUUGUUAGGAUUGCAGGUCCUCUGAUUUUGAGUCUGGCUUUUAUGAACAGCUGCCUGAACCCCAUUCUCUAUGUUUUCAUGUGUGAUGAAUUCCAGAAGAAGCUCAGGCAGUCCGUAUUCUUUGUCCUAGAGAGUGCCCUGGCAGAGGACCACUUGUCAUUUAUGUCCUCUCGCUCCUUGUCGUCACAUUUUUCUCGGAUUACCCAGAAGUCUGACUCUACUGCACCUGUGGAGAGGAAAGGCACAGGCGAUUCCUUAAACUUCAUGGAAAGCAGAGUUGUCAUCACUGCCGGAGAGACACUGAGCACUGAUUAGGACAACCACCACAGGCAAUAUAAAUUUCAUAUUUUUUUAAGCCAAACUUGUGCCAAAUUCUGAGAAAAGUAGAGCACAAACUGAAAAUGACAUGUUAAAUUGAUUUUGUGCACAGGUAAAAACAUUUGUGAAUAUUUGCUAUGUGCUAUUGCUAUUUAAUGUUUUUUAUAUUAAAGCUGCAGUUGGUAACUUUGGAUAAAUAUGAUAAAAAAGUUAUUUCUGUCAAUAUAUCCUGACAGUAUUGCAUGGGACAGAUAAUCUGUGAAAAAAAUCA